ACCAUAGGAGUGUGCCAUGGUUUCUCAAGUCCCAACUAGGAAGCAAUUCUAGCAACACCACCUUGAAGUAGGUUAUAGGGUAAUCGAAGCAAGAAAGCCACCAUAUUCACUCUAAGGAAGGAUUGCCCUAUACUGUGUCACCCAACUCCAACUAUAGUCAAAUCCCAACCACUCUUCUUCCACCCUUUCUUUCCCAAAACUUCUACUCAUCCAUCCCCUCCAUUUCGCCGGUCCGCCAAAUCCCAAACCAAAGAAAACAAAAUGGGCAAUGGCAUCUCCAAAAACACAUGCUUCUCUGGCGAAACCUAUGCGCCGGCUGUCUCAUCGAACCCAGUACUCGGCGACAUCCAUGGACACUCCUUCAAGUACGUGCCAAUAGCCGUCGCCUUCGGCAACUCCCCAAUGGCUAAUGUGCUCUCAUCAAAAACACCCUUCUUCUCUUUAUUCGGAGCGGCCAUCAACGCCAAUCAAGCAACAUCAUCAUCAUUACCGUCGUUCCGCAUGCUUAAUGAGUUGAUGCUGCCGCAAUCAUCUGUGUGCACCGUUAAGAGCUCGUGCUCCUCCGCCACUACACCGGACCAGGCCCAACCAACUAGGUUUUCCUUUUCUGGCCACUUCUUGGAUUCAUCCGGCACCGUAUCCACUAUCUCCAACCAGCUGUCAAGGCGGCCCUUCAUGUCAGGUAUGCUAGACCACUCCUUCUCAUCGUCCUCCUCUUUUUUUAGUCACCGGGACAGUAUUUCUCAUCUCAUGAUUGAACACGACGCCACAGGCUCUCGGUGUUGCAAUGAGCAACCUCUCAAAAAAUCCUUAGCCAUAGCCGGCUCCAGGCUCGAUUUUAGUGUGCCACGCAACAACCUCCUAUCAAAGGGUCCUAUUGAGGUGUCAAAUAUGGAUUCCUUUGCCGAUGGGGAUCACCGCUCGCCACCAAGAGACAAUGUGCAGUGGGCUCAAGGCAUGGCCGGCGAGGACCGCUUCCAGGUGGCGGUCUCAGAGGAGCGUGGGUGGGUGUUCGUGGGGAUUUACGACGGCUUCCUCGGUCCCGAUGCGACCGACUACCUCUUUGCGAACCUCCACGUCGCUGUGGACCACGCACUCAAGGGUGUGCUCUCGGACAACAUCCAGUGCAAUGAGCCCACAACCAAUUCUAAUAAUCUCUUUUCUCUGAAUGGAGGCAAUCAUAGCCCGGAAAUUGAACGUAAGCCGGCGAAGAGGGGUCGGACAGAAUAUCCGGAGAAGAAAAAUUCUGCCAGUUUUGGGGGCAUCCCAACGAUGCACCAGAAAGUCCUCGGGGCGCUGGAUCAGGCGCUGAGGGAGACGGAGGAGGCAUUUUUCAAGGCAGCGGAGGAGGCCGCGGCCGACAACCCGGAGAUUGGGCUGAUGGGGUCAUGCGUGCUAGUGAUGUUGAUGAAGGGCGAGAACGUGUAUGUGAUGAACGUCGGGAACAGUCGUGCCGUGUUGGCGAGGAGGCUGGAGCCCAAUCUUGAUAACAUCCUCGGCAAGGCGACAGAGAAGGAUCUGCAGCAGUUGAAGGCCGAGAUCAUGGAUGGCCUACAGUCCGUGCAGCUCAACACUGAACACAGUACCUCCGUUGAGGAGGAGGUAAAUAGGAUCAAGACCGAACAUAAUGAUUGCAACGCCAUCAUCCGCGGCAGAGUGAAGGGGAAACUCAACAUCACCAGAGCAUUCGGGGCUGGCUACCUGAAGGAGCCAAAGUGGAACAGUAUGUUGUUAGGGGCCUUCAAGAUUGAUUACAUCGGGAAGGACCCCUACAUCAAUUGCAUCCCAUCACUGCGCCACCACCGCAUCGGUCCAAAUGACAAGUUCCUGGUGUUGUCGUCUGACGGGCUCUAUCAGUAUUUCACCAACAAAGAGGUGGUUGAUGAGGUAGAGAUGUUCACAGCUGCGUGUCCCAAGGGCAAUCCCGCUGAGCAUCUCAUCGGUGAAGUGUUACUUCGGGCUGCAAGGAAGGCCGGUAUGGAGUACCAUGAACUGCUCAACAUAUCCUAUGACAAAAGGAGGAGGUACCAUGACGAUGUUUCCAUCAUCGUGAUCUCAUUCAAGGGGAGGAUGUGGAGAUCCUCCGUUUAGGCAUAGUGUUUGGUGGGGCAUAGUGUGUCCUCGUUUCAUAGAGUUUCAGAAGUUGGUUGCCUAGUGAGCAAUUCAAGGUGUUUUAGAGUUAAUAAAGACCUGAAUAAAAUGCUUCCGAUGGGCUAGUAGGGUAUGGUGACAUCGGAAAGACAAAACGAGCAGGACUGUCAAAGCACAUGCACCAUGAACAACAACCUUGUUAGGUCUUUGUUUUGCUUCUCUUAGAGAAUAAUGUUCCUUUAUCGCCGAAAACCCGAAACUGAUAUGAUAGUUCGGCAGGAGGGACUCUAGUUCUAGUAGUAUGCUUAUGUAAUAAGGUUUCCCGGCAAUGGUGUGAUGGAAAGAAUAGGCGAAACUAUAUAAGCUCAAUAAGAAUGUUAUGUUUGUUCCUUUGCCUAUACAUGACCGAGAUUGCUACAUUCCAGUACUAGAAGCUGACACAUGCUUCUCUGCGCCUUCAGUUUUACCCAAUUAAAACUUCUCGCAAAAAUCUUUAUCAGGCACUAAAAAAAAUUACACUCCAAGCUCAUAAUUCAGUUCAGAUUCGGUUUUCCUUUCAUAGACUAUGCAUACUGAUUUUGGUGGGAGAAACAUAGCCUAAACAUUUAGUAUAUACAUACAUUGGUAUAAAUAUAAAAGCCUCCUCACCUUCGGAAAUCCAAUUCGGCUCUUGGUCCUAUGACUCAUAUUCAUGUAGAUGAAAAAAAAAAACAAAGUUUCUGACUGCAUGUCACCAGUUGGCCAUAUCCAGAACUCUGUAUUCACCAUUUCCAUGUUGUUCCAGUAAGGAAAAGCAACAAUAACAAUUAUGUGGAUUGAGAGCAGACAUAUAAGGGCUCAAAAAAGAAGAUAAAAAAAAUUGAUACCCAUUCCACAAACCAAAGAAAAACAUUGUAUGCCAUACAUCAACCAGGCAUUUUUAAUAAACUUAGUCAGCAUACUUUAGCUGCAACCUCAUUAAUGGCCGGCACCAUUUUCUUUUCUCAUAGAGCAAUACAUUAAGAUAGGGCAUUCAGGUUUCUACUGAUGGCAUGCAUCCUAUUACGAUGUAUAAAUGCAGAGAAAUUUGCUUGUAGAAUAAAAGGAAACAAGAGCAAGGAGACCUGCAAGAAGGGCAAGAUUACCGUGCAAUGAAAUCAAGCGGAAGGGACGUAAUAACAGAACGGGAAUGACAAAUCGCACGCUUUUUUAUGGCAACUUUAGUUGACGCGAGGAUGCCAAAUUUAGUUGACAAGCACGGUAAUUUUCUGGCAAAAAACAAACUAAGGGUGGAAUUGCCAUGCUUGCCAACUAAACUUGCUAUCCCCCGCGUAUAUAAAUUGCAAAAAAAACGUUCCAUUUGCCAUUGGCAAAUCCCAAACGUUCAGACUUAUCAGCGUCAUAAUAAAAAGAGGCAAAUUAAACAAGCAAUGUUCAUCAUGAAAACCUCACCUGAGUUGCCUCCAUGUGACAUA